AGCAAAGCACAAGGUCUGUGCUAAUUCACUCACAGAGAGGAAGAGUAGGAACUUACACAGACCUACAUACUGGGACACAAUGUCUUUCUUGGGAUCUUUCUAUGUAUUUGCCUCCAUCCUGUGCUGUGUUGUGGUGGGAGCCCAGCGAACAGCCCAACUGUGUGAUGAACCUGAGCUGCAGAAUGGAGAGUUCCGCUACUGGUACUCAUUCCCGUUAUCUACAUUGAAAGUGAUUGAGUAUAUCUGCCAUGAACAUUAUGUGCCACUCAACAAGACCAAUGAAAGUGACACGUAUGGUGUAGCCAAAUGCACUGAGAAUGGAUGGGACCCACGGCCCAAGUGUUUGGGAAAGCCAUGUAGCAGGCCACCGGUAGAGGAAAAUGGAUAUAUUAUACAAUUAAAGGAUAAUUACACAGAUGGGGAAAGUGCAAAGUACGUGUGCAAUGUUGGCUAUGAAGUGGCUGAACACAGUGAAGCACAGUGUCUAAAUGGCCAGUGGAUUAAUAUUCCUACAUGUGUGUCUGUCAUUUGUGGACCUGCGCCAAUUGUAGGGAACGCACGGCUUGUUUCUGAGAAGGCUAUUUACCAAUCUUUGGAGAAAGCAACGUAUGAAUGUGACAGCGGUUUUGUUUUUCACACAAAUAAAGAAGCUCUUUGUAAAAAGGGUCAGUGGAUUGAAAUCCCAGAAUGCAGAAAACAAGGGGCGAGCUGCGGGCCCCCUCCAGUGGUGCAGGCUGGAGACACCCUAAUGCCCACACAGGCAACCAAUAGACAUGGCUCAGUAGCCCCCUAUAUAUGUGCAAAUUAUUAUGUGCUUGAAGGAAAUCCCCAAGUUACCUGCAGAAAUGGAAAAUGGGACGACCCUCCAGUUUGUAUAGAGCCGUGUGUUGUUAUAGAUAAAGACCUGAGAACCAGAAAUACUGAUUUGAGAUGGAAAGUUGGAUUGAAUAAGAUGUACCUGCGACACCACGACUUUGUUUCGUUUCGUUGUUUAGACGGAUAUGAAAUAUCUGACACUUCACUGCUGAGAGUGAAAUGCAUUAGUGGCACAAUCAAUUAUCCCACUUGCACCAAACUAGGACAGGGAGAGAGCUGCGGGAAACCACCAGUAGUGCAAUAUGGAGACACGUUAGAGCCGCAAAUGAAGUCACAUGCCCACGGCUCUGUAAUGACUUACAAGUGCCCACAGAUGUAUAUACUUGGAGGAGAAGAAAAAGUUUCUUGUAGAAAUGGAAAAUGGGAAGAACCACCAGUUUGUAUAGAACCUUGCACUGUGUUCGAUGAAGAGCUGAAAGCGAAUAAUCUCAGACUGAAAUGGGUUGCUAACGAUAAACUGUACAUGAGGCAUGGAGAGGUGGUUUCCGUUGGUUGUGUAAAUGGCUAUGAGAUACUUGAUGAGGGGCAGCUAAGAGUACCGUGCAAUAAUGGUGUGCUCCUUUACCCUAAAUGCCAUAAGUACGAGGGAUGUGGGUAUCCACCAAAUGUUCCACAUGGAGACACAAUACAACCAAGACUGUCUUUCAAUGCACAUGGCUCAUUUAUGGAAUAUAGGUGCCCAGAAUAUUAUAAACUUGAAGGGCCCAGAAGAAUUACAUGUAGAGAUGGAAUAUGGGAUGAUCCGCCAGUCUGUAUAGAGCCUUGCACUGUGUCUGAUAAAGACCUGAAGGCCAAUAAUCUCCGGUUUAAAUGGUUUCGAUCUAGAGAGAAACUGUACACCAGCCAUGAAGACUUGGUUGCAUUUCUUUGUAUAGAUGGAUAUGAGAUACCUGAUGAGAGGCAGUUAAGGGUACAGUGCAGAAAUGGAGUCCUUUCUUUCCCUACCUGCCAUAGACGUGGGUAACCCUGAUGUACUGUGUGCAAUGACCCAUGUUGGCAGGUUUAUUUGGUGAUCUCCUUCUGCAAGCCGGAGAGAUGGGAUUUAUUUUCAAAGGCUCAUAUUAAAUUUCACCAUUUGUUUUUUUAGAGAUUAUAAAUAAAGUUUCCAAAGCA